AUGCGGUCCUUUCGAACUUUCGGUUUCGCUGCUUGCGCCAGCGCCAGGCCCGGCUGCGGGGUUGGCCUCGUACCCCGGACGAGAGGGAUAGCAGGUUUCUCCUCGUCGACGACGACGGGCGUUCGAUCAGCAUUGACUUGCCUAUCCGCCUGUACCGUUUCGUCUGGCUCGUCUCGACCCUCUCGACUUCGUGCCCAUGCCCAUGUUAUCGACCAGAGACGAUGGUACGCGGCGCCUUGGGAUAUCAAGCAGGAGGACAAGAAGGAGACCAAGGAACAUCUGGAGCGAUUGGAGAUCAAGGAGCGGGAUCGGACGGAGAAGAACUCGAAUCAGAAGAUUGAGGAUGCGAUGACGAAUGGAAAGUUGUUGACGACGCCGUCGAGAUUGUUUAAGUUGUUGAUUCCGUUGCCGACGGCGCAUCAUAAUAGGAAGCAUAUGGAUUUCGAACCCAUUGCUAUCCUCGUCCAUCCGCAACAGCCGCUAUCAUACCUCGAACGACUCAUCCAGAACGAAGUCCCCAAGAUCAAAACCCACACCGGGGAGCUACGGUCUCCCACCGUCUCGUUCAUUGCGCUCCAGAUCGACGACAACGCCAUCCGGCCCCGGAAGCCGAUGUACGAGGAGACCGAUUCCGAAGUGAGUCGGCUAGCGGAGCUGGACUCCGGCGACGAGAGCCGCGAAUCGCGCCGCGACCCGCAAGAAGACGACGAUACCUUCAGCUACCUGCGGCGCACGGCGCCCGGCAAAGCGUCCAAGGAGGAGCGUUUCGUGCGGUGGUCGCAGUCCACCGAGGUCGGCGACUUCAUUCGCGACGCGUCGCGCGCGCGCGAGUUAAUCGUCAGCAUCGAGGGGUCGCCGGGGGGAUUGCGCCAGAUCCACGUGGCGGUUCCUGCGUUCGACGAGCGCACGCAUUUCCUGCGCAUGCGGCUGCGGAACAUCUCGAAGCGGAUCCAGAGUAUUGCCGAGAUCAAGCACGAGUGCGAUGCGUUGGCGCAUCGGGGCGCGCAGCGCGUGGCCAUCGGCGGAUUCGGCAUCCUCUCGUUCUGGUGGUAUCUCGUGUACAAGCUGACGUUCGAGACGGAUCUGGGAUGGGAUACGAUGGAGCCGGUGACGUACCUGGUCAGUUUGACGACGCUGAUGGGCGGCUAUCUCUGGUUUCUCUACCACAAUCGGGAGAUCUCGUACCGAUCCGCGCUGGACUUUACGAUCAACGCGCGCCAGCGCAAGCUGUAUCAGGCGAAAGGGGUCGAUCUGAACCUGUGGGAGUCGCUGAUCGACGAGGGUAAUACGCUGCGCAAGGAGAUCAAACUCAUCGCCGCCGAGUACGACGUCUACUGGGAUGAGAAGAAAGACGAGCAAGACGAGCGCGUGACCGAGGCGCUGAAGAAGGAGCGCACGCAUAAGAACGGAUCCAAGCGGAAAGAUGAUCUAGAUGGCGACGAGCACGAUGACAACUAG